GCCAUCUCUCUCUCUGUCUCUCUCUCUGUCUCUCUCUCUCUCUCUCGCUCUCUUAAGCAGCACAACUAUUCUGUACUGGUGCACAAACAAUCCCUCCUUUUUUAUCAUCCAUGCUUGUUGUUACUGCUACACCCAAUGAUCCCCUCAAUCAUCACAUUUAUAAACCGCUUCUCUUCCUCUCCUCCUUCCCUGCCACAAUUCCUACCAGAUUUUUAAAACUACCCUUUAUUUCCCUCUUUCUAAAAUCUUCUCUCCCUUUCUCUCUCUCUCUCUCUCCAUCUUUGAUUUUUCAAACAUGGCUUCUUAUAAUCUUACCAGCUUCGUCCUUUCUAUCUUGCUUAUAAUUCACUCGCUUUUUUAUCCGUUUCAAGCCGUCAUCAGUACAAAUACUAACCAGUCUGAGUUUUUUGUGCUCAUAAUAAAGUCUGUUUCAGCUAACUCAGGAAACUCCCUGUCAGAUUGGGAUGUCACAGGAGGGAAACCUUACUGCAACUUCUCCGGCGUCACCUGCAACAAUGAUGGGUAUGUUGUUGAGCUUGAUAUCUCCGGUAGGUCUCUGUCCGGCAAGUUUCCUGCAGGAAUCUGCUCUUACCUGCCUCAGUUGCGCGUUCUCCGUCUUGGACGUAACAAUCUCCAGGGUGACUUUGUGGACAGCAUCACCAACUGCUCAUUCUUGGAAGAGGUUAACAUGGAUCAUUUGUUCCUCAGUCAGACGCUUCCGGAUUUUUCACCCUUGAAAUCUCUGAGGGUUCUUGACAUGUCUUAUAAUUUGUUCAAGGGCAAGUUCCCCAUGUCAGUGUUCAAUCUCACCAAUCUUGAGGUGCUCAACUUCAACGAAAACGGAGAUUUCAACUUGUGGCAACUUCCAGAUGACAUCCAUCGGCUGACAAAGCUCAAUUCUAUGAUCUUGACAACGUGCAUGAUUCAAGGAAAGAUCCCUCCAUCAAUAGGAAACAUGACUUCUCUUCUUGAUCUCGAAUUGAGUGGCAAUUACCUGGUUGGUAAAAUUCCUGCGGAGCUUGGUUUGCUCAAGAAUUUGAAACAGUUAGAGCUCUACUACAACCAACUUGUUGGAACUAUCCCUGAGGAGCUUGGAAAUCUCACUGAACUCGAAGACUUAGACAUGUCAGUCAAUAAGCUGACUGGAAAUAUUCCAGAAUCUAUUUGUCGCCUUCCCAAGCUCCAAGUCCUGCAGCUUUACAACAACAGUCUUUCAGGUGAAAUACCAAGCGCCAUUGCAGACUCGAAAACACUGAGCAUGCUGUCACUGUACGCUAACUUCCUGACAGGAGAAGUUCCAAGAAAUCUGGGGCACUCAUCAUCAAUGAUUGUCCUGGACUUGUCCGAGAACCAUCUUUCUGGUCCAUUGCCAACGGAGGUUUGCAAGGGAGGUAAGCUGCUCUAUUUUCUUAUGCUGGACAAUAAGUUAUCUGGGGAGAUACCAGUGAGCUACGCAGAAUGCCAGUCUCUUCUUCGAUUUCGACUUAACGGUAAUCAUCUGGAGGGUUCAAUACCUGCAGGACUUCUUAGUCUUCCCCAUGUUUCGAUCUUUGAUUUGAGUUACAACAAUUUGAGUGGUCAGAUUGCAGAUACAGUUGGAAGAGCUAAAAACUUGUCAGAAUUUUUUAUACAAAGCAACAGGAUUUCAGGUAUUCUACCACCUGCAAUCUCUGGAGCAAUCAGCCUAGUGAAGAUUGACCUCAGUAAUAAUUUUCUUUCUGGUCCAAUUCCUUCUGAAAUUGGCAACUUAAAAAAGCUAAAUCUACUGAUGUUGCAAUGCAACAAGCUCAACUCUUCCAUUCCCGAUUCACUUUCUUCACUGAAAUCUCUCAAUGUUCUUGAUGUCUCCAACAACCUCUUGACUGGAAAAAUCCCAGAGAGUCUCAGUGAAUUGUUACCAAACUCCAUCAACUUCUCAAACAAUAAGCUUUCUGGCCCAAUUCCGCUCUCAUUGAUAAAAGGUGGGUUGGUGGAAAGCUUUUCAGGCAACCCAGGCCUCUGUGUUAAAGUUUCUUCAGAUCAAAAUAAUUUUCCCAUAUGUUCACAAUCUUUGAACAAAAAGAAGUUGAAUUCUUUCUGGGUUAUUAUAGUUUCGGUAGUCCUCCUCCUCAUUGGAGCUCUGCUGUUCCUAAAGCGCCGAUUUGGAAAAGAAAGAGCAGAGGUGGAACAUGAUGAGACCCUGUCCUCAUCAUUCUUCUCAUAUGAUGUAAAGAGCUUUCAUCGAAUAAACUUCGACCACCGCAAGGUCAUUGAAGCCAUGGUUGAUAAGAACAUAGUAGGCCAUGGAGGAUCAGGGACAGUGUACAAGAUUGAGCUGAGCAGCGGGGAUGUGAUUGCAGUGAAGAGGCUGUGGAGUAGAAAAGCAAAAGAUUCUGCAGAAGAUCAGCUGUUCAUACACAAGGAGUUGAAAACUGAGGUGGAGACGCUGGGAAGUAUCAGGCACAUAAACAUUGUCAAAUUGUACUGCUACUUCUCAAGCUUGGACUGCAACCUGUUGGUUUAUGAGUAUAUGCCAAAUGGUAACCUUUGGGAUGUCCUUCACAAAGGAGGGAUCCAUCUAGAUUGGCCUACUCGUCACCAGAUUGCGCUCGGGAUUGCACAGGGUUUGGCAUACCUCCACCAUGAUCUGAUGCCUCCAAUUAUUCACAGAGAUAUCAAGUCUACCAACAUCCUGCUUGACGUCAAUAACCAAGCCAAGGUUGCAGAUUUUGGCAUAGCCAAGGUUUUACAAGCAAGUGGGGGAAAAGAUUCCACCACCACUGUUAUUGCUGGGACUUAUGGUUACUUAGCCCCAGAAUAUGCAUAUUCAUCCAAAGCAACAACCAAGUGUGACGUCUACAGUUUUGGAGUAGUUUUGAUGGAGCUGAUAACAGGGAAGAAGCCAGUGGAGGCAGAGUUUGGAGACAACAAGAACAUCAUAUACUGGGUUUCAAACAAAGUGGACACCAAAGAAGGAGCCAUGGAGGUGCUUGACAAGCGAUUAUCGGACUCAUUCCAGGAGGAGAUGAUCCAGGUUCUUCGCAUUGCCGUUCGAUGUACCUGUAAGGCGCCUUCUCUGCGUCCGAGCAUGAAGGAGGUGGUUCAGCUGCUGAUUGAAGCUGACCCUUGCAGAUUUGAUUCAUGCAAGUCAUCAACUAAGACCAAAGAAGCACCAAAUGUGACGAAGGUCAAGAACCCUUAUGAGUUCUGAUUUGCAUGGAAGAGUUUGUUUGUUGGGUCCCACAGUCCUAGGUCAAAUACUGUCAUAUAGCAUAUACAUAUAUAUAUAUAUAUAUAUAUAUGAUAUCAGAUAACCAUAUAAGUAAAGUUCCUCUCAAACUGAUUGGGGGACUGGUCAUAAAGGUAUAACUAAUUAUAACUCUCUUUAGUUUUUCAUGAAGGUGGCUUGUAGAUUCCAUAUCUCAAUCUCUUUCUCUAUUUUUCUACUUUGUAAUUUUGUUUUUGUAACGAUUUGAGGAAUUCAGUCACUAUAGCUGCUUUUUUACAGUA